CAGUUUCACUGGCUGUCCUCCGCCUCGGAUCUUGUGGGAUACAUACUGACCACCUCACUCACCAGGAGAUUCGGAUAUCUGUAGUCACUCAGGGGGGAGGGGGGCCUGCUGGGAUACGGACCAAGCCUGAAUCAUGAUGGAGGGGUUGAAGACAUGGUUGAAGAGUAUGGUGUCGGUGAAAAUCAGAGCGUACAUGAAGGACUACUGCAAGAGGAAUGGCCUGCUGACACUCUCGGUCAUUGCUGUAGUAACGGGCUGUGCACUUGGAUUUGUCCUCAGGUCACUCAACCUGUCCACACAGGCUAAGAUUUACUUCUCCUUCCCUGGAGAACUGCUGAUGAGGAUGUUAAAGAUGCUGAUUCUGCCGCUCAUCACUUCCAGUCUUAUGUCCGGCCUGUCUGCCAUGGACACAAAGGCAAGCGGUCGGCUGGGAGUCCUGACCAUCACCUACUACCUGUGGACGACCUUCAUUGCUGUCAUCGUCGGCAUCGUGCUUGUGCUCAUCAUCCACCCGGGGACGGGCUCAGAGAAAGAUGGCCACCAUGCAAGUUCAGGGCCUGUUAUGACCUCCGCUGACGCUCUGCUGGACCUCAUCAGGAACAUGAUCCCGUCAAAUCUAAUUGAAGCAACUUUUCAGCAGUAUCGAACAGACCUGGUACCUACUAUACAGAACUCUGAUAUAAAAGAUUCCCAGGCCAACUAUGUAUAUAUCAUGCCCGACUACCACAACCCUCAAUUGGGCCACCCAGUCUUCCUGGAGAUCACCCCUGCUCCGGACAUUAGGUAUAAAAUCGUCCCCAGUACAAGCAAGGGCAUGAACGUAUUGGGGAUUGUCAUCUUCUCGGCUACCAUGGGUCUGCUGCUGGGGAAGAUGGGAGAACGUGGCGCGCCGCUGGUCAACGUGUGCCAGUGCAUCAACGAGUGCGUCAUGAAGAUCAUUAAUGCUGCUAUGUGGUACUUCCCCUUUGGCAUUGUGUUCCUUGUGGCAGGGAAGAUCCUGGACAUGCACGACCCGGCCCACCUGGGAGAGAAGCUGGGCAUGUACUUCAUCACGGUCCUGUCUGGAUUGUUUGUGCAUGGCCUCAUCCUGCUGCCUCUCUUCUUCUACUUCUUCACUCGCAAAAACCCCUUCACGUAUAUCAGAGGGCUGCUGCAGGCUCUUGUCAUUGCCCUGGCCACGUCAUCCAGCUCUGCCACAUUGCCAAUCACCAUGAAGUGUCUCCUGGAGAACUGUGGAGUGGACCGGCAGAUCGCUCGCUUUGUGCUGCCAGUGGGAGCUACCAUCAACAUGGAUGGAACAGCCCUGUAUGAGGCAGUGGCGGCCAUCUUUAUCGCUCAGGUUAAUGAGUAUGACUUGGACUUUGGCCAGCUGGUCACUAUUAGUAUAACGGCAACAGCAGCCAGCAUCGGGGCAGCUGGGAUACCUCAAGCUGGUCUGGUUACCAUGGUGAUUGUCCUGACCUCUGUGGGGUUACCGCCUGCUGACAUCUCGCUGAUUGUGGCCAUCGAUUGGGUUCUUGAUCGCUUCCGGACGAUGAUCAAUGUUCUUGGUGAUGCCUUAGCUGCUGGGAUUAUGGCUCAUUUAUGUAGGAAGGACUUUGAGAAAGCAGCCACUGCUGCUGCAGCUACUACCACUGCUGCUGCCAAUAAUGGAGGUGGCCCCCAACGGAGAGACACAGUAAUCUCCUUUGGUAAUCAGAGUGUGGCGUUGUCUGAUGCUCCACUGAUCACACACCGCUGCGAUUACGUGUUUGAGGUGGAUGGAGACAACGUGCUGGAGAGACCUGUGGCCUGCUACAACCUCUGCCAAGUCUGAGACACUUUUACAGGACGGACAGCAAGGGAUACUGCCUUCUACAGCACAUAGAUUCACCUGUUUGGUCUCGUUUAGGACGGAAACCAAAGAUUGAGUAUAUUGUGGUGUUAGGGUUUAGCGGCUUAAAUGGAUUUUGCCUGUGCCAUGCCGAAAACAAAAACCUUCAUUACCUGAUGUACUGUACGUCUCCAUUCAGUUUAGACAGGAGUUGUGAGGUAACGCACAUGUAACCUAAAUCUUAAACUGACACUCUGAACGCAUCUGCAGACAUUAUGUGUUGCACUGACAUGCAUUAGAUGGAUUAGUGUUCAUCAGUCAGUGGUGACAGUUAAGAGAUUCACAGUAGGGCUGCCCUUAUUAAGUCUGAUUGCAGGUUUAGACUUCAGUCAUGGUUUUGAGUUGCCUUAAUAUGAUCUGAGUUUUGACAAUAAUUCUGAGAACUUGAAAGUAAACAGAAACGGAUAGACAUGGAGCAAAUUCAUUUUGAUGAAGUGAACCUUUAUCUAUGUUAGACAACGCAUUUAUGGAUAUUGAAGCAACAUUAAUAAGAAUAUUUACAUCAUGCUAACUAGAUUAUCAUUUGGUGUUUUUAUACCUAUGCUUUUAAUUUUGUGUUCAUGUUUUCUAAUAAAAACCUGCUGCACUCCAA